AUGACGCUGUAUCUUGGCCCGAAGCCUCGGUCUCCUACAAUCGUCCUCCAUCCUCUGCUUUCCGCGGCCUCCAGCCCUCGAGGAGGGGCGCGACACCCCCGCGCCCCCGGCCUCCGCGGGCCGCUGGCCUCCGCGCUGAGCCCUGCGCUGAGCCCCGCGCUCCGGCGCUGCCCGGCCGGCCCUCCUCCCGUCCUGGGCUCAGCCCCAGCCCGCGAACCCGCCGCCGUCGGAGGGCUGUCCCGGCUCGCGGGUGACGCUGUGUUCUCCCACCCGCAGGGCCGCGUCCGCACCAAAACCGUGCAGAAGGCGGCCCAGGUCAUCAUUGAGAAGUACUACAGGCGCCUGGGCAACGACUUCCACACCAACAAGCGCGUGUGCGAGGAGAUCGCCAUCAUCUCCAGCAAGAAGCUCCGCAACAAGAUCGCAGGCUAUGUCACACACCUGAUGAAGCGGAUUCAGAGGGGCCCGGUGCGAGGCAUCUCCAUCAAGCUGCAGGUGGAGGAGAGAGAAAGGAGGGAUAAUUACGUGCCCGAGGUCUCAGCCCUGGAUCAGGGGAUCAUUGAAGUAGACCCUGGCACUAAGGAAAUGUUGAAACUCUUGGACUUUGGCAGUCUGUCCAACCUGCAGGUCACUCAGCCUACAGUCGGGAUGAAUUUCAAAACACCACGUGGAGCCGUUUGGUCGUAUCUGGAUUUUUGA